AGCUCUUAACUCUCUGUCUUUGAACCAGACUCCUUUUUCAACACUUCUUGUUAGGAUUCUUGUGUAAACAUCUAUUUGUAGCAAUUUCGGGAGAUUUAAUAGUACGGAUAUCCUAAUAUGUGCUUUUAUGCCUUUUUUUUUUAACUUCAUGCUUAAGUGUUCUGUCCUUCUGAAAAGCUCAGAAUGAAAUGGCAAGUACUGUCUGUGUGUGUCUAUAUGUUUGUGCAUAAAUAUUUAAAUAUUUACGUAUAAUGUUUGGCUUGUACUUGUUUAAAUUUACAGAAUCUUGUAUAUGUGGAGGAAACAGGUAUUAUAACAGAAUUAAAAUGCAGGAACACAGAAUUAAAGGAGACUUUGUUUGUAAGGUUUAGUUGUGUAGUUAGAAGAUUAUGUAAGAUCAAAGACAUUCAAAAUGCAUGUGUCCUAGGGAAGUAAAGUGCAGAAGGAGCAGCAUUCUAGCAAUUUAAGAAUAUAAAGCUGUGCUGUAACAAUACCAAAUGCAAGCUGUCAAUAAUUCUCUGUAGCUAUCCAACAUCUUCACAGGGCACUUUAUGGAAGGCUGCUUAAGAUCUGAUGUAAUUAAACCACAGUCUCUGUUAAGGGCAGAGUUAAUGAAAGAGUAGCAUCACCUGUUAGUAUGGUUACUUGAGGUAAGUGUAGUAGCUUACAGUGGUUGUACAGACUCAAAAGUUUUUCUUCAAACUUCAGAGGAAUUGAGAAAGAUGUUUCUUUCUCUAAGACAUUUGUAUUUGUCAUUCAGCUGGUACAGAACCACUGUACAGAAUAACAACUGGUCUGUUCUAAGGGGCUUAUUUAUAUAAGUGCUAGGUAAAGUCAGUUUUUACAAGAGGAUGACAACCUAAUGAUAAGGAACAUUUCUUGCUUUGUCAAGAUUUAAGAUAUAUAAAAACAACGUGUUUGAACAUCAUUUUCCUGUGCCUUGGCAAAUCAGUGACCAGGCUGAUGAUUAAUUUGGCUUGGCCCAUAUGCUGAGGUUCCUAGUUGCUGAGUAAUAAAUAAAAACUAGUCUUCCAUCACACCCAUAUAGAUUGUGUGGUAUUCAAAAAGCCAACUGUGAGGUCUGAGCUUUAAUUCAUUUUAAGAGGAAAACUUUUCUAGCUGUAGUGUCCUAGUGCCCUGGCAAUGCCUGAGAACUCAAAGAAGUAAUUUUUAAUCCAAUUAUUAACACAUUUACAGCAUGUUUUUUAAGGAAAAAGUUUUGGUCCAGAUAAUGUUUGAAUUUUUAUUCUGCUUUUAAAAAAAAUUUCUAUUAAGACAGUACUCAUAGGAAACAAUAACAUUUUAGUCCUCUACAUGCUUAUUUUUUAUAGGGAUAAUUAAAAUAAUGGUCUUUCUGUGUCAUUAGCUUUUAACUGCUUGUGUAGCAUGGGGAGAAUUAACACGUGAGCAUCACUAGUAAUGCUUUCCUGUAAUUAAACUGAACUGUAUUUUCGCUUGUUAUAUUUCACACCAAAAGUCAAAGCUACAGGAAAGAAUUGAGGAGGUACUUUCUUAUAUUAGGUCACACAGAUCACCAGAGGUUAUUUAUUUGAGGGGGCUAAUAGUUGCAUUUCUUUGCCUUUUUAAAGAACAGUUUUAUUUCUGAUAUCUAUAUACAUCAACUUCUCAUACAUGGACAUGGUUUUGGCAUUUUCUUGUCAAAUGCUGACAUUUUUGUUUCUGCAGUCAAAGUAAAUUUCCUGUGAACACCUUUACUGUUAGUCAUGGUGUUAGUUGUAUUAGUGAUUGUGUGCUUAAAAUUAUUUAGAACAACCUAGAAAAGGGAAAAUGUUGAGUUCAAUCAAGUUCAAUGUCUAGACUUUCUUGUUUGAGAGGUCAAACUAAACUGAAGGUCAAAUUAGAUGAAGACAAAGCUCUAGCCACUAUUAGAGUACUCAAGUCAAUAUACCAAUGUUUGAAAAGCUGUUUUGUGUUUGUUUGCAUUUUACUGUGAAUUUAAUCCCUCAGUCCUUAAUGUUUUUGGCAAAUGAUGCACAUAGGAGCACCACUGAAGUCCAUGCUUAAAGAUAAGACCUAAAAAUUACUGGGCUGAUCCUUUAAACAAUAAUAUUCUUUUAUAUAAAUGGAUAGUUCUAAAAAGUUUGCCCUUCCUUGCCCUGGAUCUGUAAUAGAAAAUACAACCUUACAAUAUAAAUUAAAUUCAUUUCUACUAAACUAAUUAAGAUAAGAGAUGUUUUAGUCCUUACUUGCUCUUUCAGAAGGUUAAUAUUUAAUGGAAAUGGCAAGUUUUUUCUCAGGCUUUUAAAUUUUUUUUAACUAUGCUUUACUUACAAUUUCACAAGAUCCUUAUCAGGAAGAACAGUUUUAUAUAAUACUCACUGUGCUACAACAGAAAAGAAGGUUUUGCUAAUACUCAGUACAAGUAGAGCUGGUCCCCACUUUGUGACCGGAGGUGUCACAUCCCAGAGCCUUCAUGCCAACCGAUGGUGACUCAUCUUUCUAAUUUCUUCCUGCACAAAGCAGCUCCUGCACAGAGUGCUCUUAGCGAAGUACGAAAUGACUCUGGCUGUGUCACCCUGUUCCAGCCACAGGCUGCUCCAGCUCUGUAUCCUGGCUGUGUCCGCAGCCUGGAAGAGCCCCUACUUCUGCUGCUGCUCAGAGAGUGGAGCGGCUGCAGCGGCGUGGAGCGUGUUCCCUGCAGUACAGCCUCCCCUGAUCCACACAGGAGCGAAAAGAGACUCUGGGCCAUACUCCGUUAGCUCAAUUUUGUCUCACCAUUAUUGGUCUGCAGUGGGAUCCCAUAAUGCCAGGGAAGUUCAAAUACAUUGUUUUAAAUCCACCUUGCCGACUAACUCAAUAUAAUCAGAUAGACUUUUCGGAUAAGCGGGAAGCGCGCUAAGCUUGGAUAUUAUUAAUCUUUUAUUAUUUUUUAAAUAGGUUCUUUUUAGUUGAAUUGAUUGACAUUCAGUGCCAAAUAGUAAUAAAUUGUCUACUUUCAUCUUUAUUGUUGAGCAUUAAUAACCCAGUAGUCAUCCAAACAGGGAUGUAAUUAUAAGAUUUUUAGUGACAAGCUGCACAACAUUGGAUUACCAACUUUUACAUUUAGCUGAGCAGGUUGUGAAUGGAUGCAUAGUGCACACACUGCUUUACACCAGUGGCUGUAUUCGGACUCAUUCUGGGCUAUAGUCAGGGAAACAACUGAUCUUAGGCCAUGCCUUUUCUUUCCUUCAGGAAUAGGUUUUAUAUAAGAUACAUGUUAUUCUCUGAUGAAUGGAAAUAAAUUUUCACUGAGGAAGGGUGGUUUGGCUUUGGGGAUUUUUUGGUUUUGUAUUUGUUUGCUCUGAGUUGUCUUGGUUUUAACUAUAAUGCAACUCAACAUGGCAAAAUUAAGGGCAGAGUAUCUCUCUUUUUGAUAGGGUUUUCAUUUUUUUUUGUUAUUCUGAAGAUACUUCUUAGCAAAAACACAUUUAGGCAAAAUAUUAACUGUAACCAUUCAGAACUACAAAUAUGUGUUAAAAGAUUAUAAAAUACAUAAGUAGAUGCUCUUGAAGGGUUUUCUUAGUAGUUUGGGGCACCCUGCCUUUGCGUUCAGUAGCAGCCUUUAAAGCUUUGCACUGGUCUCAGUUCUCCAGAUUUAUCUGUUGUUUCUCAGCCCACACAGGCAAGGAAAACACCAGGGCUUGUUCAGAGGGGUGAUGCAAGGCUAUCUAAAAUCCUUAAUGAGCAUAUCAGUGAAACCCUUGAGGAGGAUGGAAAUAGCUUCUAGGUGCAGUCUGUGUGGGAGAUGGCACGUGAAGAACGUGGAGAGGAGGCCAGGCCUGGACCUGUGCAUUGGAAGAGGCACCUGAGCCAUGGUUUAAUCUCAAUUGCUGCUUGGGGAGAGCAGUUUUGUUUCAGGUGCUCUUUGGGGGAGCAGUGAAGUGACAGAAACAAAACUGUCUUCUGCUGCUUAUCCUGGGCAGUGUCAAGGCACAGGGAAAGCAGCCAGUGUCAGUUUUUUGAACCAGACCCAGAGGAGCUUUUCCCACCAGUGUGCAUAGGGACAAAAGCUGAGCCUGUCUUCAGGUGAGUGCUUCUGUGCCUCCUGGGAACUUUUAGGUCUUAACUGUGAACAGGGUUGUUUCUUUUUUUUUAAGUUACUAUGGCUUUUGAGGAUAAUUUUUAAGGAAGUCACUUUUCCUAAACAAUUGAGUUGAGAGUGUUGGUUCUGCUGUGGUUUUGAGUGGCCCUGUACAGUAUUGUCAGGUGUGUUGUGAAAAAAAUCUGUCUUUUUAUUAAGUUUAAGAGGUGUGGAUAACUGUAUGUAAGUGGAAACUGUAAAAAUUCUUUUAUGAAGCCAUUGUGUAGGAUUCUUGGGCUUAGAUGUAAAACAGCAAAAUACAGGAAGUCCUACUAAAUAUAAAUAAUAGAUUUUUCCAAAGCUUUUUUCUGAGUAUAAUUGCCUAGUGACUUUUCUAAUCUCUCUAAAAAAAGGAGGAUAACUUAUUGUAAUAGUGUGCUCCAAUAUUUACCAGAUACUAAAGCAACAGUAAGUACCAAUGACAACAACAAAAAAAGUUUAAUAUUUAGAAAGGCAGAAUACCAGAUAUUGAAAUAUAACAAUGACACUAGAGAGAAGCUUUCUGGUCUUGAAAAUAAAGUUCACUUUACUUGCCAGUGUUUCAGGAAAUACUGUGUUUGAUUCAGAUUCUGGAGGUAAAAUGAGUCUACUGAAAUAAAGUAAAUAUUAAAUUCAUCCUAGUAUAUAAAAAUACAUUCCCUAGGGAGAAGUGUUGUACACUUCAUGCUUGCCACAUUUAAUGAGUUUUCUGAACCAAAUAAAACAAGUGACAUGCAGUUCUGCUGUCACUGUGUAAAUACAUAAUUGGCCAUUACUCGAAAUUUAGACAUUAAAACAAAACAAAAAAAAUAUAUAUACUUUUCAUCCUAGUUCCUAAUUACAGAUGCUGUAGGGUUGGAUGUGCACGUGCAGGCUCUUGUGUUUGGCUUUGGGUCUGUGCUCAGGGACAUUCAGAAAGUCGUGGUCCUUCAGGAGGUGGCAAGAGCAUAGUCUGGAACAUAGACCUUUCUCUUAUGGAAUGUUUUCUAGGGUGGGCAUUUCUCCUAACUUUUCUCUGUGUACUUUUGAGAAGUACAGAUCAGAGAAAAUAUUUUCACAUUGUCUGUGGUUUUUGGGAGAGUGAGCUCUAGCUGGCUUCUGGUUUCCCAUGAGAACAUACAAAUGUGAGCAUCCACAAAAAUAAGCCUUGAGAGCGUAGGGAAAUAGUUUUCUCUCCUACUUCAACAUAGCUGACAGCAUUAAAAUCAAAAGGAUUAUUAUUUGGUCUCACAAAAAAGAUUUUUUGUCAGACCCCUUCCAAUCACAGAAAAGUUUCAGGCAAAUCUUAUUUUAUAGAAGAAUAUUUGAAUGAGUUGAAACUUGAUGUAUUUCACUACAGCUUUGAGUAAACACAAAACUACCAUGGAAGUGGAUUAGCAAUUUUAAUAAUCGUGUAGCAGUUUGAUUUGUUUGUGGUGUUCUAUAACGUGUACAGUUAUCUAAAACAUGACAGAGUUUAUGUAAACAUACAUGUGACACAUGGGGGUCUAGCUUGCAAUGAAGAUAGAGAAAAUUCCCAUAGUGAAUGGCUUUGAUUUGUUCCUUCUGGUUUGGGAAACUGUGGCCUAAAUAUCAGCUAAAGAACACACAAAAACACUGUUAAGGGAAACUGUAAAUUGCUAUUGAGAGUGAGGCAAUACAAACAAGGUUUUUAAAGAAAGUUUACUGUUUAGAGAUGAGUAGGUGCCCGUAAGAUGAUGAAAAAAUCCUGUUAGCUGUACUACUAAGUUCAGUUCUUAAUGUCCUUCUGGACUUGGUCUUGGAUUGCUGGCUGUGGAAAAUCCUUGAGGAAAAAAAAGCGCUAUAAAAGUAUUUCUGUCAAGUCACCUGAAAUAAAUGCAUAUGUUUGGUAGUUGAGUCUUUUCAGGAGAGAUUUAUGGGAAGUGGACUGUCAGGUAGAUUAUUAAUAAUCUAAAAAGCAAGGAUGGUAAUAAAGAUUUGUGUUACAACCUUGGCUACAAAAGGAACUAAACCUUUUUUGUUUUAGCAGAGAAGUCAGCUUGCUUUACUUCUCUCCCUGCAUAGAGACUGACCUAAGUCUUCUCUUUCCCCUGUCUCUCCAGCUGCUUGUUGUGGGCGCAGAGCAGCCUGAGCAAAAGUCUCUUAGUGCAGUGCUAAAUUUGGAGGUCACAGCUUUAUUAACCAAUUCUGAAGUAUGUGGUAUUGCAGUGCAAAUCCUAGCUGACACCAAUGGCCUCAGCUGUGGAGUAAAGAAUAAGCUGUGCAGUAGCUGUCUUUUCUUUCAGCUUUUCUACCUGCUAAGGAAUGCUGACUGAAAUCCAGAACACUGUCACCUUCUGUCCUCUGUGCAACAUACCUGAGGCUGAGAGAUGACACGAGAGUGGAGCUGCACAAAACGUAUUUCAGAAUCAUGGCAGUGGCCAGGACCAGUGCUGAAGCACAAUUUGCUGCAGCAUUUUUCUGGGCUAUCAAAUUCACAAUUAUUUCAGUACUCCUUAUAAAGCAGGCCCUCUGGAAAUAUCAUCCUGGUACUUUGUUUCAGCACUGCAGGGCAAAGGAGAGACAGAGAUCAGGAUGUGCAUAACCAAAAUGCCUUGCCCAGGAACAAAGCUGAGAUAGUGAAUCCUCAAUGGAUUGCUGUCAUCACUCUCUUCUCCUGCUCCCCUCAGAUCAUUCCCCAGCAAGGUGCUACCCCUUGCUUCAGCAGCCUGCCUAUAAACAGCAGUCUCUCCCUCUGGGGCAUGAAGAAGGGGAGAAGGAGAAAAAUACAGGGAAUAAAGUAACCUGAAUAAUGCCUCAGCUGCCCUGGGGUGUGUCUUUGUCUCUCAGAGUGCACUUGGGGCCGUGGCUCCACCAGUGCACAGCUGUUCUGGGUGAGCACCUGCGAGACCCCGCGCCCUGCGCUGGCCUCGGAGCCGUGCAGGGAAGAGCCGGCAGCUCCUCCUGGUACUGUGUCCCUUGUUGCGUUUCCAGUGAGGAUUAGUAACUAAUGAGUUGAAUGAGAGAGAGCUUUCCCUUGGCUUUCACAAGCAGAUGUCACUGCUGGAGAGAAGUGGUGAGAGGUGAGGAGAACCUGUGGAUUGCCUGUGGAGUAUUUAUUCUUCUACUGAAGCUCUAAUUACCUUACUGCAACUCUUAUUCCAUCUCUCCAGUAAUCCCAGAGGCCUCUGCAAGUUCCUCUAGUUCAGCUGGCAUUCUGUAUCAGCUACCUCCAGGCUUAAAUUGCCUUUCUUUUUCCCUUAAAGGAGGAGUAAUCACUUCCCUCUGUGUUUCUUAGUCCAAAAUAUAAGCCCUUAAUAGAUUUCUCUUUUUCAGAGCACCUUAUGCAUUACCUCCAUACCUGUCUCUCUCCCCAUCACCUUCACUGACUGUGAACAUUGGAGUUUAUACAUUAUGAGUUCUCUAGAUCUUGUGUUACAAGAUUAGAAUAGCUCUUGUGUUACAAGAUUAGAAUUUGCAGUUGUACCCCAGUUAGCUUUAGGCCAGCUUCCAGGUGACCUUUUCCCACACAAGGAUACUGGGAUAGAGAGAUCUGUGUCAUUCUCCUUGUCUCAGCAGUCUGCUUAGGAAAAGUCAGAAUUGGGAGUCUGUUGAUGCUCCCCACAUCGAUGCUCAUUCCCUACUUGCCUGGUGGCUCCUUGCAAAGGAGACAGCCUUUCUCAUUCCUCUGCUCUUGCAGAAGAGAAGCACUAUGAAGUGUGGGGUUUAGAUCCUUUGUAAAGCUGCUAUGAUUGCUGCUUUGUUCUGCCUCCAUUUACCAAAGGUUUUCCAUCUUGCCCUGGGCACAAAAGAGUCUCUGAUUAUUGUAAAUUUCCUGACCCCUGGAAUGAUGUAUUAGAAGUCUGAUGUGUAGUCAGACUGGGUUAGUCCUUGUCAGGAGGAAACUUGGUGUGUAUUCAAAACAUAUUUAAGCAGCUUUCUUGAAAACAAGUAACUCAUCCCAUGUAUUAUAGAAUAGGAAUGUCUUUAAAUUUACAAUCCAAAAAUACUUGGAUAAAAUGACAGUUAAGUCUGAAUUAGGUAUGUUUGACUAUUAAGGUCUGAUCCUGAAAAUAGUCAUUAUUGCCCUGUUGUUGUUCAAAUGACUGUGCAUGGGAAAGGAUCACCUGCUUAGGGCAGCCUCUACUAGAACACAUUUAUCUUAUUGUUGUCCAUUUGCAGUUUAAUUUACACAUUUGAAAGAAGGACACUUACAAGAUGGUUAGAUGCCACUUCAAUUUUGCUAAUGAAAUGCUGUUUUGUACUUAGUAGACCAUAAUAUUGGCACAGCAGAACCUAUCAUUUAUAGCUAGUAGGUAUUAUUUUCAAACUAAGCAGAAAGAAACAUAUAUAUGAGCUUGCACUUGUGGUAGUUGAAGUUUAUUUAUGCCUUGCAGUGAUUAUAGUGACUUGGGAUCAAACCUUGCUUAUCCAUGCUACAGUUUUAGCUGGGUAGGGGGGCUCACUUCUUGUUUCUAGGUGCUUUUCUUUACAGAAAAAGAGAAACAAAUGAGGCUUGGCACCACACAUUGCAAAAAGAAUUGCUGAGGUUAAAAGAAAAAGGUGCUCAAUAUUUGGUUUGAGAUUGCUUUCCAUUUAGGCAGUGUGAGCAGAAGUGAAACCAGGGGCUCUCAUGGUAGUUCAAGAGCAGCUAUGUGCUACUCCAUCUGUGUCUUGCCUUGUUUGCAAAAAAGGAUCUUGGCAGGCACGGCAGAUGGAAGCACUAUGGCUGGUGUGCUGUUUCCUGGGUCCAGAUAGUAAACUAGCAAAAAUGUGCUUUAAAAAUGUCUUGCUGUCUUCCUUCUUAUAUUACUUACCAACUCUACACUUAAGUCUGGCACAGCUGGAUGUAAAGCUCCAGGAUCUAAGCUCCAUAACCAAGGGUUAUCUGACUUAGUUCUGUCAGUUCAUGAAUAUUUUGGACUGCAAUUCCCCAAAUUUAUUAUGAAUGCAUCUGUCUGUGUCAGAAGUCAUGGUAACCAUACUCCUGUGUAUUUUAACAUAAUGCUUUCUGUGUCAGGUGGUUGCAUUAUUUAUUUUCUGUGUCAGGUGGUGGUCAUUUAUGUCAUGACCCUAAAAGGAAUUUCUUUGGUUGGAUGGUGGUACUUUUUCUCCCUUCACCUUCCUUUUUCCCACUUCCCUACCCUGCUCCCCUCAGCCAUGACAUUUCUGGGGAAGAUUUUACAAGUAUAAAGUUUGCAGUUGACUAAUUAUCAUAUUGCCUGAAGUUGUAUGUGUGCUCAGUGCCAUUUCUUCUGUUUGCAUGAACUCUUAUUUGUGUCUACUACCAGUAGAUUAUAGCUAAAUGCUGCAUGUUAGGAAUUGAUGUUUUUUCCCACUUUGAUUACUUGCAGAUCCAUAGAGCUGUUUAUUCAUCUUCUCUACUUAGCAAUUAUUUAACAUCUCAGUUUGCUCACAUAGUAAAUCUGUAAUAGCUUUUUGUAUUAUGGAAAACAAUCCUUCCUUGAGUAAGGAAACAGUGCUGCAGGAUAAGCUAAUGCAUUGAAAAAUAAGUUUAUUCUCCACUUAGAAAAAGGGCUGUUGCAGUCCUGCAGAUAAGGGUCUGCAUCUGUUGUCUCUGAAGAGCAGAGAAAAUUCUGCUGGUUCCUUCAUGCACUCAGCUCACAAACUGUGCUGUCCUUCCAGGUCUGCCAUAGUAGGUGCAUUUGGGAACUGGAUUUACUGCCUGAAAUGUAUCAGUUUUGCAGAAAGAUGUGUGCCUUUGGCUUUGCUAAUUACGCACCUUUUGCAAUUGUGAUUUAUUUUUCGUUUGUUUCUAAUUGCGAAUGUUUCAAUUAGAAAGUGUUUUGGAAGAUGAUAAAAAUUGGAUGAUGUUCUAGUAUAGUAGGAGGAAAAAAUUAAUCCAGUUUUUAAUUUCAGAUAAACAGCUUUAUUAUAGAGGCUAUCUUCUCUCUUUGUGAUUAGUCUGAACAUGGACAAGAGUAUUUUGAAAAAAACAAAACUAAGCUGGCUGUGUUAUUUUGGAAGUACGUGGCAGCAGGAUGGCCCAUUCACUGAUUGCUUUUAGCCCAUUAUGGAACCAUAUUCUUCUUUCAAUUACCAAGGCUCAGGUUUGGUCAAAUAAGGUUUAGCCCUUCUCUUUAAAAUUCUCCAAGGCUGAAAUCCUUAGGUCAGGGGGUUUGAUGUACCUCCCCACUGACCAGGCUGUGCCAUGCAGGUGCCAGAAGCACCUGUGCCUCCUCCAAAUUAAAACUGGGAGGCAGCACUAAAAUCCCAAUGUCACCUUGUUACCCAUGUCCUGUCAUCUCUGAAGUCCUGUGUUGACUAAAAGAUGAAAUUCUGGAAUACAAGAGCUGAGCUUGUCUUAACUCCUGGGACACACCUGACAAGGAAUAUUUCAGUCUUCUCCUCUGACUUAAGCCAUUAUCCCCCUGAGUAAUGGAAUACAGGGGAAUAAUGGAAUACUGUGGUUCACAGUGAAAUAUGGUGUCUCAAUGGAAAACAUGUUUUUGGGAAAACUGAGUAAGUUAGAUCUUGGAGCUGUCUGCUUUUCUUAAGUGGUUUAUUUAUAGCUGUGCCUGAGUCUGUUGCCUGUGAGUUAUCAGAGACUUUGCAAGAUUAAUUUGCAGUUUCAUUGCAGACAGUAGCUUCUUUCACCAUGAGACAGACUUUUUCCCCCCCUCCUCUUUCCUAUGUCUGUGUGUUGCAGUUAAGGACACUGUUAUCUUCUCUUUUGAGUGUCAUGACUUACAAUGGCUGAGACGUUAUUCCUACAUGGAAACACAGCUGGAAAAGGAAUGCUUAACCUGGCUGCUCAGUUCCCCCAGCUACCAUUUUACAGCUUCUGGGCUCUGUUCACUACCGUUUUGAGGUCCACAGGACUUCUCCUCAGACCUUCUUAUCCUCCUUCUUUUCCCACUUUCUUGCAGGAAUUCCAGGCCAGAAAGAUUACUCGUCCUUUACCCCGGUUGGCACAGUUCAGUUCAUGUACCCUUUGAACAACCCCCUGAAGCUUUCACCAAGUGAGACUGAGGUUGAAAAUUAGAGAAAAGAAAUAAACCCCAAACCCCAAAUCCCCUUUCAAAUGAUAAUAGCAAAGCACAGUAUAUCUGCAGUGGCUGUGAAAUCCUCACCAUUACUGAUAUUACAGUACAGACUAGCCAGCCAUCCAUCAGGGAUGAUUGCAUUACCAUUGAUACUGUCCUGCAUGAAGGGGACAGAUUAGACAACUUUGCAAUGGGGAUCUCUCCCAGCUGUAUUUUUCUGCAAUGUACUGGACUAACACUUCAUAGUAGAAAUAGGUAGAUUUAAACAGAUGUCUACCAAAAACCCUCCAACCUUUUUCAGGGUGUGUUUCUUAGAAAUCAAAAGUAUUUCUCAAGUGACUGAACUGGAAUUUUGAGUUAGGAUAGCUGAAAACAUGGAUAGUUAGAGAAGGGUAAAAAUUUUGCUCCUGGAUACAAAAAUCCUUGUAAGGACAAGGUAGGAUAUUGUGUUGUUUCCAUUAAACUGUUUUUUUUUUUCCUUUUCAGGCUUCCUAUCUAAGCAAGCCCCUACUGUAUGGAAAGAAGCUAAAAUCAUAAGAUACCUUUUACUGAGCUGUUCUUUUCAUGCUGCAGCAGCUUUCUAACUACAUAGCUGAAAUUCUGCAGUAAUCCAUCUUGGUUUUCACUGCCUACCACAGUAAGAAUUCCCUCUCACCUGAUGAGCUAAAGACGCGACCCCUAAGGACUGCCAGCCUGAGCACUGCCGACUGCCUGGUGUCAGUGACUGACCCCAAAUAGAAGAGUGGCUCUCCUGGCAGCACCGUGCCUGGCUCAGAAUAAUGGACAUAAAGGACAGGAGGCACCGCUCGCUGACGCGGGGCCGCUGCGGGAAGCAGUGCCGCUACACGAGCUCCUCGCUGGACAGCGAGGACUGCAGGGUGCCCACGCAGAAGUCCUACAGCUCCAGUGAGACACUGAAGGCCUAUGACCACGACACCAGGAUGCACUAUGGAAAUCGAGUGUCUGACCUGGUGCACAGGGAGUCGGAUGAGUUUCCAAGACAAGGAACAAACUUCACCCUUGCAGAACUGGGGAUCUGCGAGCCGUCUCCGCACCGGAGCGGGUACUGCUCGGACAUAGGGAUCCUGCACCAGGGCUAUUCCCUGAGCACGGGCUCCGACAACGACUCGGACACGGAGGGAGGGAUGUCCCCAGAGCAUGCCAUCAGGCUCUGGGGCAGAGGCAUCAAAUCCAGGAGGAGCUCCGGCCUGUCGAGCCGCGAGAACUCGGCGCUCACGCUCACCGACUCCGACAACGACAACAAAUCAGAUGAGGAGAACGAUUUUCACACACACCUUUCUGAGAAAUUGAAAGACAGACAGACAAGCUGGCAGCAGCUGGCUGAGACAAAGAACUCUCUAAUACGUCGUCCCAUUCCACCUACAUCCUCGUCCAGCCUUCUCCCAUCUGCCCAGCUGCCCAGUUCUCAUAAUCCUCCACCAGUUAGCUGCCAGAUGCCAUUGCUAGACAGCAACACGUCCCAUCAAAUCAUGGACACCAACCCUGAUGAGGAGUUCUCUCCUAAUUCUUAUCUGCUGAGAGCGUGUUCAGGGCCACAGCAGGCUUCCAGCAGUGGCCCUUCAAAUCAUCACAGCCAAUCAACGCUGAGGCCACCUCUCCCUCCUCCUCACAACCAUUCCCUGUCCCAUCACCAUUCCUCUGCCAACUCCCUCAACAGGAACUCGCUCACCAAUCGCCGCAACCAGAUCCACGCGCCCGCCCCGGCGCCCAACGACCUGGCCACCACCCCCGAGUCCGUGCAGCUCCAGGACAGCUGGGUGCUCAACAGCAACGUCCCCCUCGAGACCAGGCAUUUCUUGUUUAAGACAUCUUCUGGAACUACUCCACUGUUCAGUAGUUCUUCCCCUGGUUACCCGCUGACCUCAGGAACAGUUUACACUCCACCUCCCAGGCUGUUACCUAGAAAUACAUUCUCCAGGAAUGCAUUCAAGCUGAAAAAGCCCUCCAAGUACUGUAGCUGGAAAUGUGCUGCUUUAUCUGCAAUUGCUGCUGCAGUCCUGCUUGCCAUCUUGCUAGCAUAUUUCAUAGCCAUGCACCUGCUGGGCCUCAACUGGCAGCUGCAGCCGGCCGAGCCGCCGACCUUCAGCAACGGCCUGCGCCCGCCCGGCGACGACGGCCCGCCCGCGCCCCCUGCCGGCAGAGGACCAUGGGUCACUAGGAAUAGCAGCAUAGAUAGUGGAGAAACAGAAGUUGGCCACAGGGUCACCCAGGAGGUGCCCCCCGGAGUUUUUUGGAGGUCUCAGAUCCAUAUCAGCCAGCCACAGUUCCUGAAGUUCAACAUAUCCUUAGGGAAGGAUGCUCUUUUUGGUGUUUAUAUAAGAAGAGGACUCCCACCAUCACAUGCCCAGUACGAUUUCAUGGAACGUUUGGAUGGCAAAGAGAAGUGGAGCGUGGUGGAGUCGCCACGGGAGCGCCGGAGCGUCCAGACCCUGGUGCAGAACGAGGCCGUGUUCGUUCAGUACCUGGACGUGGGCUUGUGGCACCUGGCCUUCUACAAUGAUGGCAAGGACAAAGAGGUGGUCUCCUUCAGCACAGUCAUUUUGGACUCAGUACAAGACUGCCCACGUCAUUGCCAUGGGAAUGGCGAGUGUGUGUCAGGUGUCUGCCACUGUUUCCCAGGAUUUCAUGGAGCAGAUUGUGCUAAAGGACGGCGCCACUUUAAUAAGUAUAAAAAGAAGGCUGCCUGCCCCGUUCUGUGCAGUGGCAAUGGUCAGUACUCCAAAGGCACCUGCUUGUGCUACAGUGGCUGGAAAGGUCCAGAAUGUGAUGUGCCCAUCAGCCAGUGCAUUGACCCCUCAUGUGGAGGUCAUGGUUCCUGCAUCGAAGGGAACUGUGUCUGUUCUGUGGGCUAUAAAGGAGAAAACUGUGAGGAAGUGGACUGCUUGGACCCGACGUGCUCCAACCACGGGGUGUGUGUGAACGGAGAGUGCCUGUGCAGCCCGGGCUGGGGAGGAGUGAACUGCGAGCUGCCCCGCGCACAGUGCCCCGAGCAGUGCAGCGGCCACGGCUCCUACCUGCCUGACACAGGGCUCUGCAGCUGUGACCCCAACUGGAUGGGCCCCGACUGCUCCGUUGAAGUGUGCUCCGUGGACUGUGGCACCCACGGCGUGUGCAUCGGCGGGGCGUGUCGCUGCGAGGAGGGCUGGACAGGAGCGGGCUGUGACCAGCGUGUGUGCCACCCCCGCUGCACGGAGCACGGGACUUGUAAAGAUGGGAAGUGUGAAUGCAGAGAGGGCUGGAAUGGGGAGCACUGCACCAUUGGUAGGCAAACGACAGGCACCGAAACAGAUGGCUGUCCGGACCUGUGCAAUGGCAACGGGAGGUGCACGCUGGGCCAGAACAGCUGGCAGUGCGUCUGCCAGAGCGGCUGGAGGGGCCCGGGAUGCAGCGUCGCCAUGGAGACCGCCUGUGCCGACAGCAAGGACAACGAGGGAGAUGGCCUGGUGGACUGCCUGGACCCUGACUGCUGCCUGCAGGCCACCUGCCAGAACAGCCUGCUGUGCCGGGGCUCGCGGGACCCGCUGGACAUCAUCCAGCAGAGCCACGCCGCAGCUCCCGCCGUCAGGUCCUUCUACGACCGCAUCAAGCUGCUCGUGGGGAAGGACAGCACCCACAUCAUCCCUGGGGAGAACCCCUUCAAUAGCAGUCUUGUGUCUCUCAUAAGAGGCCAAGUGGUGACUACAGAUGGGACUCCUCUCGUCGGGGUCAACGUGUCGUUUGUCAAGUAUCCAAAGUACGGCUACACCAUCACUCGCCAGGAUGGCACGUUUGACUUGGUUGCAAAUGGUGGAGCAUCCCUGACGCUGCACUUUGAACGGGCCCCGUUUAUGAGCCAGGAAAGGACAGUGUGGCUGCCAUGGAACAACUUCUAUGCCAUGGACACACUCGUGAUGAAGACAGAGGAGAACUCCAUUCCCAGCUGUGAUCUCAGUGGGUUUGUCCGUCCUGACCCAGUCAUCAUUUCAUCACCACUUUCAACUUUCUUUAGUGACGCUCCCAGCCGCAAUCCCAUUGUGCCAGAAACCCAGGUUCUUCAUGAAGAAAUUGAGAUCCCUGGCUCUAGUAUAAAGCUCAGCUACCUGAGUUCCCGCACUGCUGGAUACAAGUCCUUACUGAAGAUCAUCAUGACUCAGGCACUUGUGCCACUCAAUCUCAUCAAAGUUCAUUUGAUGGUAGCAGUAGAAGGACAUUUGUUCCAAAAAUCAUUUCAGGCAUCUCCCAACUUGGCAUAUACAUUUAUCUGGGACAAAACAGAUGCCUAUGGUCAGAAGGUUUAUGGGUUGUCAGAUGCUGUAGUGUCUGUGGGGUUCGAAUAUGAGACUUGCCCCAGUCUCAUUUUGUGGGAGAAGAGGACAGCACUGCUGCAAGGAUUUGAACUGGAUCCCUCAAACUUAGGAGGAUGGUCUCUGGAUAAACAUCAUGUACUUAAUGUCAAGAGUGGUAUAUUGCACAAAGGCAACGGAGAAAAUCAGUUUCUCACUCAGCAGCCAGCUGUGAUAACCAGCAUUAUGGGGAACGGGCGCCGCAGAAGCAUAUCCUGUCCGAGCUGCAAUGGCCUGGCAGAGGGAAAUAAGCUCUUGGCCCCUGUGGCACUGGCAGUGGGUAUUGAUGGAAGUCUCUUUGUUGGGGAUUUUAACUAUAUCCGGCGUAUCUUCCCCUCCAGGAAUGUCACGAGCAUACUGGAGCUGAGAAAUAAAGAGUUUAAACAUAGCAACAAUCCUGCUCAUAAAUACUAUCUGGCCGUGGACCCUGUUUCAGGCUCCCUCUACGUGUCGGACACCAAUAGCCGACGGAUUUACAAAGUCAAGUCCCUCACGGGCACGAAGGACCUUGCUGGUAACUCUGAAGUGGUGGCAGGGACAGGAGAGCAGUGCCUGCCCUUUGACGAAGCCAGAUGUGGGGAUGGAGGGAAGGCAGUGGACGCAACCCUAAUGAGCCCUCGAGGGAUUGCAGUGGAUAAGUAUGGACUCAUGUAUUUUGUUGAUGCCACUAUGAUUAGAAAAGUGGAUCAGAAUGGAAUUAUAUCGACCCUGCUGGGCUCCAAUGACCUGACUGCUGUUCGACCUCUCAGCUGUGAUUCCAGCAUGGAUGUCACCCAGGUACGGCUGGAGUGGCCUACUGAUCUCGCUGUCAAUCCCAUGGACAACUCCCUUUAUGUCCUAGAGAACAAUGUUAUUUUACGGAUCACAGAAAACCAUCAAGUUAGCAUUAUUGCUGGACGCCCCAUGCACUGCCAGGUUCCUGGUAUAGACUACUCUCUUAGCAAACUGGCUAUUCAUUCUGCACUUGAAUCAGCCAGUGCCAUUGCCAUCUCACACACAGGAGUUCUUUACAUCAGUGAGACAGAUGAAAAAAAAAUUAAUCGGCUACGCCAGGUAACUACCAAUGGAGAAAUAUGCCUUCUUGCAGGGGCAGCUUCAGACUGUGAUUGCAAAAAUGAUGUCAACUGUAAUUGCUAUGCUGGGGAUGAUGGGUAUGCCACUGAUGCCAUCUUAAAUUCACCAUCUUCCUUAGCUGUGGCCCCAGAUGGUACCAUCUACAUAGCUGAUCUCGGAAAUAUCCGCAUUAGGGCUGUCAGUAAAAACAGGCCCGUUCUUAAUUCCUUUAACCAAUAUGAAGCUGCAUCUCCAGGAGAACAGGAGCUGUAUGUCUUCAAUGCUGAUGGGAUUCACCAGUACACUCUGAGCCUCGUUACUGGGGAGUACUUGUACAAUUUCACCUAUAGCAGCGAUAACGAUGUCACCGAGGUGAUGGACAACAACGGCAACUCCUUGAAGGUGCGCCGGGACGCCAGCGGCAUGCCCCGCCACUUGCUGAUGCCGGACAAUCAGAUUGUCACCCUGGCUGUUGGCACCAAUGGUGGACUCAAGCUGGUCUCCACGCAGACCCUGGAGCUCGGAUUAAUGACAUACAAUGGAAACAGUGGUCUCUUAGCAACGAAGAGUGAUGAAACAGGAUGGACAACAUUUUAUGACUAUGAUCAUGAAGGGCGUCUGACCAAUGUAACACGUCCCACUGGAGUGGUAACUAGCCUUCAUCGAGAAAUGGAAAAGUCCAUUACCAUCGACAUUGAGAAUUCUAAUCGGGAUGACGAUGUCACGGUCAUCACAAAUCUCUCCUCUGUGGAGGCUUCCUAUACAGUUGUUCAAGAUCAAGUGAGGAACAGCUACCAGCUCUGUAAUAAUGGUACUUUGAGAGUGAUGUAUGCCAAUGGCAUGAGCAUUAGCUUUCACAGCGAGCCUCAUGUCCUGGCUGGGACUGUGACUCCCACCAUAGGACGAUGUAACAUUUCUCUGCCCAUGGAAAAUGGUUUAAACUCAAUUGAAUGGCGCCUGAGGAAGGAGCAGAUUAAAGGCAAAGUGACCGUGUUUGGAAGAAAGCUCAGGGUGCACGGCAGGAACUUGCUGUCCAUCGACUACGACCGCAACAUCCGCACCGAGAAGAUCUACGACGACCACCGCAAGUUCACGCUGCGCAUCAUCUACGACCAGCUGGGCCGGCCCUUCCUCUGGCUGCCCAGCAGCGGCCUGGCUGCUGUCAACGUGUCCUACUUCCUCAACGGGCGCCUGGCAGGGCUGCAGCGCGGGGCCAUGAGCGAGAGGACGGACAUCGACAAGCAGGGCAGGAUCGUGUCGCGCAUGUUCGCCGACGGCAAAGUGUGGAGCUACACCUACCUGGAAAACUCGAUGGUGCUGCUGCUGCAGAGCCAGCGGCAGUACAUCUUCGAGUACGACUCCUCGGACCGCCUGCACGCCGUCACCAUGCCCAGCGUGGCCCGGCACAGCAUGUCCACUCACACCUCUGUGGGCUACAUCAGGAACAUCUACAACCCCCCCGAAAGCAACGCCUCCAUCAUUUUUGAUUACAGCGACGACGGGAGGAUUCUGAAAACAUCGUUUUUAGGUACCGGCCGACAAGUCUUCUACAAGUAUGGAAAGCUCUCCAAGCUGUCUGAAAUUGUUUAUGACAGCACGGCAGUUACUUUUGGGUAUGACGAAACUACAGGUGUCCUAAAAAUGGUGAAUUUGCAAAGUGGAGGGUUUUCUUGUACGAUUCGCUAUCGGAAAAUUGGUCCACUUGUUGACAAACAAAUCUACAGGUUCUCUGAAGAAGGAAUGGUCAAUGCAAGGUUUGAUUACACAUAUCAUGACAACAGCUUCCGAAUUGCAAGCAUCAAACCCAUCAUAAGUGAGACGCCUCUUCCAGUUGACCUUUACCGUUACGAUGAGAUUUCUGGCAAAGUCGAGCAUUUUGGUAAAUUUGGAGUUAUUUAUUAUGAUAUAAACCAAAUUAUCACCACGGCAGUUAUGACGCUGAGCAAGCACUUUGACACCCACGGGCGCAUUAAGGAAGUGCAGUAUGAAAUGUUCCGGUCCCUGAUGUACUGGAUGACUGUGCAGUACGACAGCAUGGGAAGGGUGACCAAAAGAGAGCUCAAACUCGGUCCCUACGCCAACACGACCAAGUACACCUAUGACUACGAUGGAGAUGGGCAGCUGCAGAGCGUGGCAGUCAACGACAGGCCCACCUGGCGCUACAGCUACGACCUGAACGGGAACCUGCACCUCCUGAAUCCUGGAAACAGCGUCCGACUGAUGCCGCUGCGCUACGACCUCAGGGACAGGAUCACGCGCCUGGGUGACAUCCCCUACAAGAUCGAUGACGACGGGUUCCUGUGGCAGCGGGGCGCAGAUGUGUUUGAGUACAACUCCAAAGGGCUCCUGACAAGAGCUUACAACAAAGCAAAUGGGUGGAGUGUUCAGUACCGCUACGACGGACUGGGCCGAAGGGCUUCCUGCAAGACCAACCUGGGGCAUCAUCUACAGUACUUUUAUGCUGAUCUUCACAAUCCAACAAGGGUAACUCAUGUCUACAAUCAUUCAAACUCUGAAAUUACCUCUUUGUACUACGAUCUGCAAGGCCACCUCUUUGCAAUGGAGAGCAGCAGUGGGGAAGAGUAUUACGUGGCCUCUGAUAACACAGGCACUCCAUUAGCUGUGUUCAGCAUCAAUGGCCUCAUGAUCAAGCAGCUCCAGUACACAGCCUAUGGGGAGAUCUAUUAUGACUCCAACCCAGAUUUCCAGCUGGUCAUUGGCUUCCAUGGAGGGCUGUAUGAUCCUUUAACCAAACUCGUGCAUUUUACCCAAAGGGACUAUGAUGUCCUAGCUGGGCGCUGGACAUCUCCCGAUUACACCAUGUGGAAAAAUAUUGGCAAAGAACCCGCUCCUUUCAAUCUGUACAUGUUCAAGAGUAACAAUCCUCUCAGCAAUGAACUGGAUCUAAAGAAUUAUGUAACAGAUGUCAAGAGCUGGUUGGUGAUGUUUGGAUUUCAGCUUAGCAACAUCAUUCCUGGUUUCCCUAGAGCAAAAAUGUACUUUGUGUCACCACCAUACGAGCUGUCUGAGAGUCAAGCGUGUGAAAAUGGACAGCUAAUUACAGGAGUGCAGCAGACGACAGAACGACACAACCAGGCUUUCAUGGCUCUGGAGGGACAGGUCAUAUCUAAAAGAUUACAUGCCAAAAUUAGAGAAAAAGCAGGCCACUGGUUUGCCACAAGCACUCCCAUCGUGGGGAAAGGAAUCAUGUUUGCUGUGAAGGAAGGCCGAGUAACCACGGGUGUUUCCAGCAUCGCCACAGACGACAGCAGGAAAAUCGCCUCCGUCCUGAACGGCGCUCACUACCUGGAGAAGAUGCACUACAGCAUCGAGGGCAAGGACACCCACUACUUUGUGAAGGUCGGCUCGGCCGACAGCGACCUGGUCACCCUGGCCAUGACCAGCGGGAGGAAGGUCCUGGACAGCGGCAUCAACGUCACCAUCUCGCAGCCCACGCUCCUCGUCAGCGGCAGGACUCGAAGGUUUACGAAUGUUGAGUUUCAGUAUUCCACGCUGCUGAUCAACAUCCGCUACGGGCUGACCGCCGACACGCUGGACGAGGAGAAGGGCAGGGUGUUGGAGCAGGCUCGGCAGCGAGCCCUGGCCGCAGCCUGGGCCAAGGAGCAGCAGAAGGCGCGGGACGGACGCGAGGGCAGCCGCGUAUGGACAGACGGAGAGAGGCAGCAGCUCCUCAGCACGGGAAGGGUGCAAGGUUACGAGGGAUAUUAUGUCCUGCCCGUGGAGCAGUACCCAGAGCUAGCAGACAGUAGCAGCAACAUCCAGUUUUUAAGACAGAACGAAAUGGGAAAGAGGUAACAAAUUAACCUGCUGUCAUCCUUUGCCGGAUGAAUCAGUAGUCGUAACUGUUAUCUCCUCUCCUAAGGAGAUGAAGACCUAAAUGGGGGCACUAGGCUGAGCUACUCUGGGAUAGUAAGUGGCAAAAAAGCUCAUAUUUUUUGAGUUAAAUGCUACUGUUCAAGUGAUUAAAAACCACAUCCUGAAGUGGACUAAAGCCAGACUGAAAACUCUUAACCGUACAAAUUAAAAAGUACCCCUGAAAUAUUACCCACUUGUUCUGGGUCUAAAGAAAAACAAAAAGAAGGCCUCGUAUUGUAUUACCUCACUCCAUUCACAUGUGAGCAAACUAAGAAAUCCAAGUGGGCCACUUUCACUAACCAGCUGAUGAAACACAGAUGAUUCAGACUGCUUGUUUGAUAAAUAUCCAAGAGGUUUUCAUUUAAAGCAAAAUACAGAUGCAUUUAAAACAUGACUUUGGGGUGAUUUGUGUGUAGCGAAUGGAGGACAAAUGAAAUGCAAGUGAGAGCGCACUGGAAAUAGGAAAGGAAAAUAUAUUUAAAAGUAACAAAACCACACUUGCACUCUGACCCUCCACUUGUCUGGCCUGAAGCUUAACUUAUUCAAAGAGGGCAGAGUGUAAAGUUACAUUCAAAAUGGUGGCUAUAAAUCACUACAGAUAAAUUUCAUACUCUGUUUGUCUUUGAAGAUUUCCAUUGUGGACAGUAUAACACAGUUACAGGGUGUAGUCUGUUUAGAUUCAGUAGUUUGUUGGUAUCAGUUCCAGUAGAGCUGUGGGCAUUGUGUUACACUAUUGCAAAUGGGCACCACGUCAGAUCACCCUGUACAUACAUCAGCCAGAAGGCACAAUCACUGUUUCAGAUUUAAAAAUUAUUAGUGUGUUUGUUUGGUCGAGAAACUGAGACAAUCACAUUACGGUCACCACAAAAAAAAAAAAAAAAAAGAAAAAAAAAGUCUAAUAAGAACUUUGGUACAAGAACUUUUUUGUAAUAUACAUGUAUGAAUUGUUCAUUGAGUUUUUAUAUUAAUUUUAAUUUGCUGCUAAGCAAAGACUAGAGACAGGCAAAGAUAAUUUAUGGCAAAGUGUUUAAAUUGUUUAUACAUAAAUAAAGUCUCUAAAACUCCUGUGAA